AUGCCCAUCUUGAAGAGACCUUGCAUGGUGAUGGAGAAAGCAGCUCAGAAGAAGCUCAAAGGCAGUGACGCCGGUGACAAGUCUCAGAGUUCCAAGUCCGCUGAGAGCAAGGGCCUCACCGAGCAGAACCUGCAGUUGCUUCCCGACGACACUUUGGAGAACAAGCUCGUGAGGUUCAGACAGUCCUGCAAAGGCAAGCCUUCGGAGGAGACCGACCAGCUUUUCAAGAAGUUCUUGCAGGACUUGGGCCCCAAAGAGAGGUGGUCCCUUUGGAAGAACUUCGAGUCCGAGAGAGGCCAGCUUGGAGGUGAGCAGGGCAAGGUCGUGAACCAGCAGUACAAGGAGUUGUCGGGCCCCGGCAGUGACAAGAAAAAAAAGGCCUUGCUCAAGACAUACCUGGUCAGUGGCUUAAAGGACGCCUAUUUCCAGAUCUCUUGUUCGUUUACAAAAGAUUUCAGCUCGUCAGACGAGCAAGCCUAUAUCCCAUGGAAGGCGGCCGUCGAUUAUUGGGGCUUACAAGAGCUCCGAGCCCGCCUGCUUUCGGGGUCGCUGACGGCCCGCCGCAACCCAAAAGACGACCGGUUUUGGGAGGUGUCGAAGGAGACCCACACGGAAAAGUCAACGACUACCAAGUCCACCACCUUGACCGGAAGUGCUUCCACCAGCAAGAACAAGAGCCUCGCCCAGGUGAUGGAUUUGAAGAAGCAAUCCUUGACGGAUGUGGGCCAAGGCCUGGACUCGUUCGACGGUGUCUUCGAGGCGGACGACGAUGACGAGGAGGGCGGCUUGGAUCCCGGGUUGAAGAAGCUCCUCGGUGUCAAAGAGCCUGAGAAGACGCAGAAGAAUGCUCAGGACUUGAUCGAGACAGCUUCGAUCGCCCUGGAGAACGAGGACGACAAGAAGGCCCAGUCGAAGGUCUCGCAAGCUCUGUUCGUCACGAAGCGAGUGAUUGCAAAGGUGAAGAAGUCGUUGAAGGAUGAGCCUCCUUCCAAGAAGGAGGUUACGCAGCUACAGACCUUGGUGGAGGAAGUGCAGGCAGCUGUGCAGGACCUGGAGAACGGCCAGGGCACGAAGAAGGCCUCGACGUUGGCCAAGAAGUGUGUGGGCAUGGGCAAAUCCUUGCAGAAGCUCCAGACCAAGGCCAAGGAAGUUUUCGAGGAGUGA